CCUAUCAGGGCCAGUCAGUGCUGCCUAUCAGUGCCGCCUAACAGUGCCAGUCAAUGCCACCUAUCAGUGCCAUCAGUGCCACCUAUCCGUGCCCAUCAGUGCAGCCUAUCAGUGCCCAUCACUGCAGCCUCAUUAGCGCACAUCAGUGAAGGAGAAAAAUCACUUAUUUACCAAAUUUUAUAAUAAAAACUAAGAAUUUUCAGUUGUUUUUGGUUUGU